CCGGCACACCUCUACUGAGCAGCUCGACUUAACACAACUUCCUGGCUACCUGCAUAUACAAGGAAUCAUGGUGAAGCGUGUUGCAGUUAUUCUCUCAGGCUGUGGCGUCUAUGAUGGCACAGAGAUCCACGAGGCCUCCGCUGUCCUCGUCCACCUGAGUCGUGCUGGAGCAAAAGUGCAGAUGUUUGCCCCGAAUGCAGAUCAGAUGCACGUUGUAAAUCACUGUGAGGGGAAGCCUACAGAGGAGAAAAGAAACAUCCUGCAGGAAAGUGCCCGUAUCGCCAGGGGUGACGUGACUGAUCUGGCCAAGUUAGAUGUUACAGCAUUUGAUGCGGCCAUCAUCCCAGGUGGCUUCGGUGUGGCUAAGAACCUGAGUGACUGGGCAGUGAAGAAUAAGGACUGCACCAUCCAGCCACAGCUGGAGAAGAUCAUCAAGGCCUUCCACAAAGCGGGAAAGCCGCUGGGCAUGUGCUGCAUCUCCCCCAUCCUCGCUGCCAAAAUCCUGCCUGGCUGCGAGAUCACUGUGGGACAGGACAAAGAGUGUGAAAAGUGGCCGUAUGCUAAGACAGCAGGUGCUCUAAAGGAGAUGGGAUGCAAACAUGUGAACAAGGAUGUGGGAGAAGCUCAUGUUGAUGUCAAAAACAAGCUGGUCACCACCUGUGCCUUCAUGUGCAAUGCUCCAGUUCAUCAGGUUUUUGAUGGAGUAGGUGUCUUAGUUAAAGAGACACUGAAACUGGCUUAAGAAGUCUCCUCUUGAUGUUUGGUUUUAUUUACUGAAAAAGCAGCUGUUUGGGAUUUUAUAUACAGGCACUGUAUCUAAUAUUAAGCUGGUGGGCUUAUCUCCGAGCAUUUGUCUGCUAUACAAUCAAUGUGUUGUUUUGAGAUUUUGAAUAAAUUUUACUCUACAAAUUA